AAAGAACUUGAUCCGGCAAUAGAUAAGCCCGAUCAAACUGGUCCUGCAAAUUGGCCAUGGAGGACGAUGGCUUUCGUCCUUUUCUUUUGUUUUGGAGUCUUUUUGACUCUGGCUGUCCCCACUGGGUUCUCCAUCACCACUGUGAAAAAGGUCUUCACUGGGAGCUCCGAAGAUGUGUGGAUACACCUCAAGGAGGUCCGAGGGGAACUGGAGGAAGUCAAGGAGCUCCGAGGAGAACUGAAGGAACUCAAGGAGCUCCGAGGGCAAAUGAAGGAACUCAAGGAGCUCCAAGAGGAACUCAAGGAGAAAAUGGAGUUCCUUCAUCCAUUAUCGGACACGAUGGCCAAUUUUGCCCUGGAGAGACUAGGAGCCAGGAUAUUAACUGAAAAGACUUCAGAGUCCUAUCCUCCAGAAGUGCCAGGAUUGACCCUGUUUGGGUUUACAGUGUUAAGUGCCAAACGGCCUCCACCUGUAAGCCCGAGAACCCUUCUUCAGGGAUGGGCACCAAAUAGUCCGGGGCAGUGCUGGGCCUUUAAAGGUUCAAAGGGACAGCUGUCAGUUGAGCUGUCCCACAGCAUAUAUGUCAGCCAUGUGUCAAUCGGGCACAUACCAAAGAACAUAUCCCCAUAUGGAACCAGAUCAAGUGCUCUGAGGAUGUUCUCAGUGUUUGGAAAACAAAAUAUCGAGGAUCCAAAAAUCUACCUGGGUACCUUUGAGUAUGAUGCCAGUGGAAGGCCACUUCAGCUAUUUGAGAUGGCGGUGAGUCCACUCUGUCAAUAGCCACAUGCACAUACACUGUUUAUUUCUCCAACUUAUUAAAAAUUAGAGUAAUCGUAGAUUAGUUCUUAAAUAUAGCUUUCCUGUUAGUAAUCAUUACUAAACUUACCGUCCUGUUGUGUUAUCAACAGGCACAAAGUUUAUAUCCAACUAACUCAGCUUAUUUAAUUUUUUUUUGUCUCAUGAAAGCUGAAAGACUCUAAAAACUAAUGACUUUUUUACUUUAGGAUCACCACUAUUCAUGGGGUGACAAUAUAGAGAGAAGUAAUUGGUCAGUAGGUGGUUGUUUAA